AUGGGGUUUCAGAGCGCGACCCUCGCCGCAGCCAACGCUACUCCUGUCGCGUUCCGAACCAGCAGCUUGAGCAGCCAGACUAAGCCCGAACACGGUUGUAGCAGCAGCUACAUCCAGGUCCCCCACCGCAUCGCGUCUUCCCCUUCAUUCCUCCGCGCAACGACGUACCCCGCACACGUCCGCAGGCAAAUUUUGGCAAUUCCGCUGCGCGUUACGGCGGAAACUUCCCCUGCAGAUACUGCCAAGCCUGGCGGCCCCAAACCUGGCGGUUCCAAGCCUAGAGACGUGACUCCCGCCGCCGCUGCUGCUGCUGACGGUCCGGGGGUUGUAGCGGGAGCUUCUGCCGUCCUGGAGGCGCCUGCGGUGCUUCAGCCGUCGUCGGCGGCCGGCAGCGACCCAGAUGCGGUCCGGCUGGUACCGCGAGUGGAAGAGCGCGAGGGGUAUUGGGUCCUAAAGGAGGAGUAUAGAACGAGUCUUAAUCCCGCGGAGAAGAUUAAGAUUGCCAAGGACCCGAUGACGCUGAUCGCGCAAGGCGGUAAGGCGCUUCGGGAGCUGGCUUUAAAGACGAUGGCGGAGGUGGACGGGAGUAAGGAGGCGAAAGACGACAUCGACUCGCGGUUCAAGUGGCUGGGGCUGUUUCAUCGCCGCAAGCAGCAAUACGGUCGCUUCAUGAUGCGCCUGCGGCUGCCCAACGGCAUCAUUACGAGCGAGCAGACGCGGUUCCUCGCUGACGUCAUCAGCCGUUACGGCGAGGAGGGCGUGGCGGACAUCACGACGCGGCAGAACUGGCAGAUCCGCGGGGUGACUCUUCAGGACACUCCGGACAUCAUUGAGGGGUUGAACAAGGUGAACCUGAGGUUUAUUCAGAGCGGAAUGGACAAUGCGCGCAACGUGGUGGGCAACCCACUGGCGGGGAUAGACCCCCUCGAGAUCAUCGACACACGGCCCUUCUGCCAGGCCAUCGAUGACGUCAUCACGGGGAAUGGGGAGGGCAACACUGCUUUGUCGAACCUUCCGCGCAAGUGGAAUGCCAGUGUGGUGGGCUCACACGACCUAUUCGAGCAUCCCCACAUCAACGAUCUCGCCUUCAUGCCGGCCCUCCGCCGAACCUCGGGCAGAGGUUCGGACGGAGGUUCGGAGGAGGGGUGGGAGAUGGGGUUUGAGAUGCACGUGGGGGGCUUCUUCAGCAGCAAGCGGUGCGAGGAGGCGAUCCCGAUGGACGCAUGGGUGCCAGCUCAGCCUGCUGACGUGGCGGCUGCCAGCAGGGCAGUGCUGGAGGCGUUCCGGGACCUUGGGAGCCGCAGCAACCGGCAAAAGACGAGGAUGAUGUACCUUAUAGAGGAUCUGGGCAUGGAGGUGUUCCGAGCUGAGGUGGAGAAGCGCAUGCCCAAUGGCCACCUGCCACGUGUCAGCUCCACCUCUCAACUCACCACCAACGGUAGCACCACCGCCAGCAGCAGCAACGGCACCACCGGCACCAGCAGCACUACUGCUAACCCCACAGUCCAGUCCCUGAUUGAUCCAUCCUGGUCUCGAAGGUCCUACCUAGGGGUGCAUCCCCAAAAGCAGCCUGGGCUGGUCUAUGUGGGUCUGCACGUGCCUGUGGGUCGGGUUCACCCGUCGACCCUGCACGAGCUCGCGCGAUUGGCCGAGGAGUACGGCUCGGGGGAGGUUCGGCUGACUGUGGAGCAGAACGUGAUUAUACCGAACGUGCCUGAGGGGAGGGUGGCGGAGCUGCUGAAAGAACCGCUAUUUGUCGGUGGGAGUGGAGAGGUGGCAACGGGGGGAGAGAAAGGGGAGGGAGAGGCGGGGGCGGAGGAGGGGAAGGGGGAAGUGGGGAAAGGCGAGGGAUUGUAUGGGUUGAGUGCGCAGCCGGGGAAUCUGAUGGGGUCUCUGGUGGCGUGCACUGGUAACCAGUUCUGCGGACAGGCGAUCAUUGAAACCAAGCAGAGGGCGUUGCAGGUGAGAGGUGCAUUGCGGUUGGGAGGGGCUGUAUGGGUUUCUAUAUGGUUGAGUCUGAUGGGGCCACUGGUGGCAUGCACUGGUAACCAGUUCUGCGGACAGGCCAUAAUUGAAACGAAGCAGAGGGCCCUGCAGGCGAGGGGGGGGCGAUCAAGCGGGGGUAUACGGGGUAGUGCAGGUCACGCGACAGCUGGAAGAAACUUUGAAUCUGCCCGAGCCAGUGAGGAUCCACUGGACCGGCUGCCCGAACUCUUGUGGGCAGGACCUGCUGUGCUGCGGGCUGCAUGCUGCCUGAUGUUUGAAAUGAAGAGACUAGACCUGCUGCAGAUAGCCGCGCUUCUCGCGCUGUCCCUGGCGCUGCUGCUCGCAGUCGCCCGCGCCGGCAGCCCACUGACGAGCGCCACCGCGAACGAGAAACCCGACCCGAGCAGCAAGAAGGACGACGGGCUCAUGACCGAAAUCCCGGCGGAUAUCGCGAAGCAGGCCGCGACGGGCAACGCGGCGGGAGUCACCUACGUGGAUACCGCACAGGAUUCGUUCUUCAUGGCUGAUGUGAAGAAGGCGGGGUGGAACGCGCAGAAAUGCCCCCCUGGAUUGAACAAGGAGCUUGCGGGGGCAUGCACGCCGAAAAAUUGCUCCAAGGGAGGUAUUCCCGCUAAGUGGAAAACCGCUUAUCUGCAAAAGAACAAGCUCGGUUACGAGCUGUACGUGCCGGGCAACCCGCUGACGUUGCUCAAGGCGAACCCCGCGUCGUGCUGCAAUACCUGCGCCGCGACCCCGCUCUGCACGUACUGGCAGUACAUUCCCGAUAUUACUAUUGACGGGAAGAAGGGCAAGGGCGCGUGCUAUUUGAUCCACGACCAGAUUGAUUUCACCUGCGGAGAGAUGACUGCACAGUAUUCGACGGAAACGAAGCCGGUGAAUCUUCAGGUGCGCAUCGGCGGAGAGUGCAACCCUAGCGCAAAGAUCCUCAACGACCCGCAUUUGGUCGGCGCGCACGGCACACAUUUCGACUUCAACGGCCGCCCCGACAAGGCGUUCUGCCUGCUCACGGACCGCGAUCUUCACGUGAACAUGCUGUUGAGGGGGUACUAUGACGAGCGCACCGAUAAUGCCGCGCUUGUUGUUGACGGAAAGGCGGUGCACACGUGGAUUAAGGAGCUCGGGAUCGUCUGGACUGCACAGGGCGCGGACCACAAGAUUCGGCUCGCGGCGCGCGGCGGCAAGCAGCAGGAGCGCGGCGACGGGUUCAUGAAGAGCAUCGAGAUUGACGGCGAGGAGAUCCCGAGGAUGAAGGUUGGCGACACGGUGACGAGCGACGGCGGGCUGACGGUUCACUUCCGCGGGCUCGAGAAGGAAGGACCGUUCGAUGUGGAUUACUACAUGCUGACGAUCGACGGUCUGAUUUCGUUGGAUCUGCGCCUGCGCGUCGCGCACCCGAAGCUGCAGACCCCGACCGACGCCGAGGCGCAUAUCAACGUCGGGAUUGCCGAGCUGGAGCACACGGAAGAGAUUCACGGUGUGUUGGGGCAGACGUACCGCGCGGAUCACUCGCAGCGCGCCGCGGAUUUCCAGCGUUUGAUCGCGAGCCUGCACCGUCCGAUUUCGGCUGACGGCGCAGAGGGGAAGGGGUUCUUGGAUGGCACACCCAGGUCGUAUGAGGCGAGUGAUGUGCUCGCUGUGGACUGCGCUUAUACCGCGUAUGGCCGCGCCAGGAAGGUUAUGCCCGUGCAACAGUUCCCGUAG